AUGGUACCUCUUUUGAACUGUUCCUUUGUGGCACCGUCAGACAACCGUGCCAGCGUUACCAACACUUCACACAAUAGCCUAGGCUGCCCCGAGGCCUUGGCGUGCGGGAUCAAUAUCUCCUGGAUUUUGUCAAAUGCUAGUUCCCAAGACUUGGAUGACAUCUGCCUGAGUGAGGAGGAGUACCUGGCCAAGUACCUGGGGCCCCCGAGGUCCCCUGCUUUCCUGCUGGUCUGUGUCACCUACCUCGCCAUUCUCCUGGUGGGUGCCCUGGGCAAUGCCCUGACUUGUGCCAUCAUCGUGCGCUUCAAGGCAAUGAGGACGCCCACCAACUACUACCUGUUCAGCCUGGCGGUGUCGGACCUCCUGGUGCUGCUGCUUGGCAUGCCGUUAGAAAUUUACGAGAUGUGGCAGAACUACCCUUUCCUGUUGGGGGUGGGGGGCUGCUACUUCAAGACCUUCCUGUUCGAGACUGUCUGCUUCGCUUCAAUCCUCACCGUCACGGCGCUCAGCAUGGAACGCUAUGUGGCCGUGGUGCACCCCCUCAAGGUCAAACAUGUGAACACACACACCCACGCCAAGCGAGUCAUCCUCACACUGUGGGCGCUGUCCAUGCUGUGCGCUGUGCCCAAUACUAGCCUCCACGGCAUCAUGGUGUUGCCCCCCAGGUUUGGACGGGAGUUUCCUCAGUCUGCCAUAUGUGGUCUGGUCAGACCCACCUGGAUAUACAACUUCAUCAUCCUGAUCACUAUGCUGUUCUUCUUCCUGCUUCCCAUGCUGAUAAUGAGUAUUCUCUACCUGCUCAUUGGCCUGCAUCUGCACACAGAGCGGAUAAUGAGGGUGUUGGAGGCCAGAUCAGGCUUUGUGGAAGAGAGCCUUUCCUUCUCAAACAAGCAGAAGCAGAGGAUACGCCACCGGCAGGUCACCAAAAUGCUGUGUGUGCUGGUAGUUGUUUUCGGCCUCUGCUGGGCACCCUUCCAUGUAGACCGCUUGGUGUGGAGCUACAUUGAUGCCUGGUCCAUGCAGCACUUCAAGAUGUUCGAGUGCAUCCACAUCGUCUCUGGGGUCUGUUUCUACCUCAGCUCUGCCGUCAAUCCCAUCCUCUACAACCUCAUGUCCUCCAGGUUCAGAGAGAUGUUCAGGCAUGUCACAUGUAAUUCGGUCAGUGGUAGAGACCCAGCCGCCCAGGUCACCCAGAAGACUCGAAGCUCGAUGAGUAAAAAGGCCCAACAUUCCUAG